CAUGAACUGCAUCAGGUCCCUGUGACGGCACUGGCCUUUAGUAAGGACUAUCUGUUUGCAGGAGAAGGUCCAAUCUUGAGAGUCCACAUGCGUCAUGACAAUGAACUGAUCCAGUCAUUUAAUGUCUUCUCUUCGCAAGCUAUUCACGGCAUUGCUAUCCAUUCCGAUGGCAUUAUUGUCUGGGGUGGUCGUUUGAUCACGCUAUACACCUUUUCUCCAAACAACAACUGCGUCCUAGAUCUUUCCGAUUCUUUCCAAGCAGCCGACUGGAUCCUUGACAUCUCCUUCUCAUCCAGAGUGCCUGGACAGAAGCAAAAAGCCGCUUUGAUCACUGCUCACAAUGCUCUUCUUCUCUUGGAUCUCAACUGGAAAUCUGGUUUGAAAGAAUUGACCUCCAACUCCAAGUGCAUCCUUUACUCGGCCCAAGUCCACUGGAACAACAACGACCACAUACUCGUUUCAUCGGGAACUGUCUUCGGUGAUAUCAUUGUGUGGUCUUGUUUGUUGCAGGGAGACAGCGUGCCGUCUUCAGUGCUCCAUCAUGUGCUUAUAGGCCAUGAGGGCUCCAUAUUUGGCGUUCAGAUAUUCGAGAUUCCAGGAGUUGAUAGCCAGAGCGGUCCUUCUCGAUUACUCGCGAGUUGCAGUGACGAUCGCACAAUUCGCAUAUGGGACAUAUCAUCAUUGCCCGAGACCGCUACGAACCCACAAGCCGCUGCAGAUCUCACUUCGGCUAGAGAAACUGGAUUCGGUGCUAAUGUUGCAGACGUUCUGCCAGAAAAUGCAUCUGGCGCAAGAUGUAUUGCCAAAGGCUGGGGACAUGCAUCACGAAUCUGGGGUGUGAAGUUCAUCCCAUCCCAGAGUCCGGACGUACUCUCAUAUCUUGUCACAUUUGGCGAAGAUGCUACUCGCCAAUUUUGGAGCCUCGGCGAGACGAGUCCAGAUCAGUUCGCUUUGUCACACCUUGGAGGCUCUUGUUUGCACUCAGGCAAGAACAUAUGGUCAUGGGCAGUCCACCAGGACACGCCAGAAGAGGUCGUUGUUGCCAGCGGUGGUGCAGAUGGCAGUAUUGCCGUCGAGCCAAAGUCAGUCCCCUUCACCAGCGAGUCCGAUCACACCCAAAAUUGGUCGAUACUGGAUCUGAGCUCGUUGUGUCCAGAGCAACCGCAAUCGGGGCGUCAAGACAAGCUACGAAGCUAUGCGUUCCUGGACAAGACCAAUCUGAUAGUGACCACUGAUGCCGGAAACAUUUUCUUGUUGACAGAGAACGAUAAAGGCCAGGCUCAAAUAGACUGGAUCCGAAGGGAAGAUAAGCUUCUUGGAUAUUCUGUUGUGACCAGUAUACCGAGCUUGUCAAUUGCCUUUAUGGCAGGGAUGGACGGCUCGGUCAUGCUAUACCAAGGUGGAGAGGUGAAAGAACUGGUCAAAUCCACAAGGAAAACAGCAGCGUUGUUCGCUCAGCAGUUACCUUCUUCGGUAAGCGAUAGUCAGCAAGUCGGUCUUCUGGUUGCCAACGUCGAAGGCAAGACAGCUCUCUUCACAUCCUUCAGCUCAAGAAAUGCUAAGGAUGGUUCUCAAUCGACCGAGGACUUGAUGACAAGGAUACUAGCACUACCGAAAGGCUUUGUCAUCACGAGUUUCCUCGCCAUCAGUCUCGCUUCUGAUCAAGGCAUGAUGCUCGUCCUGGGAUCACGGAAUGGUUCGCUUGCAAUCUUCCUUGUGAACGAGAAGCCGGAGGACGAAAAAGAUCUGGCACAUCAGUACCUACUUGCGCAAGCUCAUGGCUAUGAAUCUGUGACUGAUCUUGCUUGGUACGCUGAACCUAGCUCGGCGGAAACCACGGGACACAUCUUCUCGGUGGGUAGAGACGGCACUUACUCCAUACGUCAUCUCUCGAGAUCAGAGGAAGGUAUCGACCUUCGCCUCAUCAACCAGACAACUCUUCCUCUGGGCACAAACAUCGAGGGCCUCUGUAUUGAUGAGGAAAGUCAACACCUGUUAGUGUGGGGCUUCCAUAGUCGUCAAUUCAUCGUCUUCGAUGCAACCGACGAAAUUGAGAUAAUGAAUAUUGACUGCGGCGGAGCGAACAGAGUAUGGAAGUUUGUCCCCGAGGGACUGCAAGGUGGACACUUCGUAUGGACCAAGGCUUCUCAGCUUUGCCUCUUCUCUCAAGCCCGGAACCAAACAAAGCUUCUGAACGCAGGCGGUCAUGGACGCGAGAUCAAGGCUGUGGCUGUUGCUCCUCAAAAUCCGACCAAGUCCGGCAUCUUGUUUGCAACUGGUUCCGAAGAUACUGACAUCAAGCUUUCCGCCUACCAUAAUGAGGGCAAGGUGCCCCACUUCCGCUGCUUGAAGACGCUAAAGAAGCACAACACCGGUAUCCGGCAGCUGGAGUGGUCGUCUGAUGGACACUACCUUUUUAGUAGCGCUGGAUUCGAAGAGUUCUUUGUGUGGAGAGUCGAGGCGGCACCUCUAGUCGAGCUGGGAGUGGUUUGCGAAUCCGUAUGUCUUGCCGAGAGCGAGUUGCCUGACCUCAGAAUCAUGAGCUUCUCAUGUAGAGAAGAAGCGGGCAAUUUUAUUAUCACAAUGGCACGUUCUGACUCAACUUUGCGGAUGUACCAAUACUGUCCUGGCCAGGAGAAAUCAUGGGCUAUCCUGAUGACUGGCAACUACCUGACCUCUUGCCUAACACAAUGUCUUCACAUCGAGGCCCAUGGUCAGGUACAAUCGCUCAUCACGGCAGGUACUGAUGGAUUUGUUGCUUUCUUCCUGCUCGAAUCCGGUUCAACAACUGCCGCAGCUGAGCCAAGUGCCUUGAAGUGGACUUCCCGUGCGAACAUCCACCAAAACACAAUCCAGUCUAUGAAGUUGCAUUGGUUCGAUAAUGAGACAUGUCUGCUCGUCACUGGAGGUGAUGACAAUGCAGUCGCUUUCAGUAUUGUAGCCUGGGGUGCGGCAGGAACGACGCCAAAGGUUGACACUGUAAUCGUUCCGCGCGCGCAUGCGGCUGCUGUCACCGGUGUCGAGAUCUUAGCCGCGUCUGGCCUCAGGAUGUUCAGAGUUGCUACCACCAGCAUCGAUCAACGAGUCAAAUUCUGGGAGAUACACUACAACGGCUCACAGCAUGGAGUUGAUGGUCUUUCGAUCAAGAGGAAGAAGGACUACUUCACAGCUGUCGCAGAUGUCUCAGGGCUUGCUACAUUAGACGAUUCAGCUCUCAUUGUCUGCGGAGUAGGCAUGGAUGUAUGGGCCUACCGCGGUUGA